UCUUCUCCCCUGCAAAACCACCGCCCGCCCGCCGCAACAAGCCCACAGAUUUCCUUCCUUCCACCUUUCCCCUCCUCCGGCCGCCGCCUCCUCCUCGCCGGCCCGCCAUGGCGCUGUACCGCCGCGCGGCCUCCGCGAUCCGGCGGCGCGGGGCAGGGGCCCUGCCGCUGCCCCUGCUCCCGGCGCGGGCGAUGGCGAUGGCGUCGUCGCUCUUCGGCCACGUCGAGCCGGCGCCCAAGGACCCCAUCCUCGGCGUCACCGAGGCCUUCCUCGCCGACCCCUCCCCCGACAAAGUCAACGUCGGCGUCGGCGCCUACCGGGACGACGACGGCAAGCCCGUCGUGCUCGACUGCGUGCGCGAGGCGGAGCGCCGGAUCGCCGGCAACCUCAACAUGGAGUACCUUCCGAUGGGAGGGAGUAUCCACAUGAUUGAGGAGUCGCUAAAGCUGGCGUAUGGCGAGGACUCCGAGUUCAUCAAAGAUAAAAGAAUUGCAGCGGUGCAGGCACUUUCAGGAACUGGCGCAUGCCGGCUCUUCGCUGAUUUCCAGAAGCGUUUCUUGCCGGAUUCGCAGAUCUACAUACCUACACCAACGUGGUCCAACCAUCAUAAUAUUUGGAGGGAUGCUCAAGUGCCGCAGAGGACAUUCUCAUAUUACCAUCCGGAAUCGAGAGGGCUUGACUUUGCAGGAUUGAUGGAUGAUAUCAAGAAUGCUCCAAAUGGUUCGUUCUUUUUGCUUCAUGCAUGUGCCCAUAAUCCUACUGGAGUAGAUCCUACUGAGGAACAAUGGCGAGAAAUAUCCUAUCAGUUCAAGUUGAAGAAUCAUUUCCCAUUUUUUGACAUGGCAUACCAAGGAUUUGCUAGCGGUGAUCCAGAGAGAGAUGCCAAGGCAAUCCGUAUAUUCCUUGAAGAUGGACACCAAAUUGGAUGUGCUCAGUCAUAUGCAAAGAACAUGGGUCUUUAUGGCCAGAGAGCGGGAUGUCUGAGUAUCCUCUGCGAGGAUGAGAUGCAAGCAGUUGCUGUUAAGAGCCAAUUGCAACAGAUCGCGAGACCAAUGUACAGCAACCCACCUGUUCAUGGUGCGCUGGUUGUUUCAAUUAUCCUUAGUGAUCCAGAAUUGAAGAACGUAUGGUUGGGAGAGGUCAAGGGUAUGGCUGAUCGUAUCAUUGGAAUGCGGAAGGCACUUCGGGAGAAUCUUGAAAAGUUAGGCUCACCUUUAUCAUGGGAGCAUGUCACCAAUCAGAUUGGAAUGUUUUGCUACAGUGGGAUGACACCGGAACAAGUUGACCGCUUGACAAGUGAAUACCAUAUCUACAUGACACGUAACGGGAGAAUAAGCAUGGCUGGUGUAACGACGGGCAAUGUCGCCUACUUAGCUAACGCCAUUCAUGAUGUUACCAAGUGAAAUUGAGGACCAUCUUCAGCGAAUGGAGCGAGAGCGUUUUCCCUUUGUUACUAGGGCUAUUCACUCUAUACUGUCAUGCUAGAGAAAUAAGUUGUACUGUAGGAAGUAAACCUGUUGCGGCUGUCCAACAACGGAAAAUUCUACCUGUAUGUAUGGAGAAGCAGAGACGUCCUGACUUAUUUUUGCGAGAUUAUCCUAUUUUUGAUUCUAGUCGCAUUCGGAUGUAACGCCAGUGUAACAAGAUGCCGGAGGACUUCAAACUCGACGAAAUCGAACAUUUGGAUGUGUGUCUUGCAGUUCUA